AUGUAUAACGGCAUUGGGCUGCAGACCCCAAGGGGAAGUGGCACAAAUGGAUAUGUACAGCGAAACCUCGGAUACCUCCGCCCGAGGAGGACAGACAUGCCAGGCUUUGGCCAGCUCGGGCAUAAGCCUAUAGACCAGCCUAAGGUGCGACAGGCGGACCCCGCCCUGCUACUUCAUGAGCAGCUUCGCCGUGUGGAGGUGAAGUUGAUGCACGAGAGGGCCAAACUGGAGGAGCAGGGGCUGUCGGCGUCCAGAAUCGACAAGAUGAUCGAUACACUGCGCUCGCAGCUCACACGAGAGGCUCAUGUAGAAAGCCAGCGGCUCGGUUCCCGUAUGGGUACUCAGGAGGGCAUCUUUGGCCGCAGCUUGUUGCAGAUGGAGCCCUCCAUGGAUACUCACGAAGGCGCAGCGUGGAAGCAGCGGCAGCUCGAACAGGUUGCGUCGGCCCUUGGAGUAACCAGCAGCCACGAAGUGGGGGCUGCAUUCAACUGGGAAAAGCAGAAAGAACUUAAGCUGCAGAGGCAAAGAGAAUGGGAAGAGCGAAAGCGGCGCAUGAUAGAAGAGCGAAAGGCAGCUAUCAAAGAGAUGAGAGAGCGGCGUAGGCGGCACAAGGAAGCACAGCGGCCCGCAAAGAAGCACAGAAAGCGCAGCAUCAGUAGUAGCAGUACGAGCAGCAGCAGCAGCAGUAGCAGCAGCAGCAGCAGUAGUAGUAGCAGCGAUAAUAGCAGCAGUGAUAGUAGUAGCAGUGAUAGCGAUGCCAGCGGCAAGAACAAGAUGAAGGAGCUCGUGCAAAAGCGCAUGAAGAAGGAGGAGAUCGUGGACCCUGCAGUGAAGAGAGAGUUGCUGGAGAAGCAGCCUUCGCUUCGCGCUCUGACCGAGCACGCGAGCCGGAUAGCGCAGGAACGUGAAGCGGCGUUAUCCUCUGGAGGUGGUUUGUGUGGGGAGGCCUCUUUUGGUGGGGUAGAGAGGCGGGAGGAGAGUCCUCUGUUGUCUGACGACCAGGAGUCGAGGCUAGAGAGUCGGGUAAAGCGUAGCCGUAGUCAUGAUCAUCCGAGCAGCGAAGGGGAGCACAUGAGGCGCAAUAGCCAGCGGUGGAGACACUCGGGGAACACGGCAGUGCAGGGGGCUGCUGGCGAGCCUUUACAAAGUCGCAAGGGAAGGCGCGAAGAUGAAGACGACGCAGAGGGGAAGCCUUUGAGAGGAGAAAUCUGCCAUGCGCGCGGGGGAAGGGGGCCAGUAGAGGGCAGCCGCGAACGCGAUGCAGCAGACGAACGUUGGCGGAUUCCUGUCCGUGGAAAAGGCUGGGGAGACAGGCAUCGCGAAGUCUCCUCCAGAAGCGGCAGAGGGCGAGAUGAUGGUGAAGAGCAUGGAGGGGAGAGGAGCAGACGAGACGCCAGGCACGGUGAGAAAGUACAGGAGGAAAGCAUUGGCGAGCAGAGGAGGGCUAGGGAGAGAGAGCGCACGCUGGUGGCAGAAGAAAGAAGGCGUCAUCGUGAUCGAGAUGAUGAAGACAGUGGUAGGCGUAACCGUGAUAGAGAUGAUGAAGACAGUGGUAGGCGUAACCGUGAUAGAGAUGAUGAAGACAGUGGUAGGCGUAACCGUGAUAGAGAUGAUGAAGACAGUGGCAGGCGUAACCGUGAUAGAGAUGAUGAAGACAGUGGCAGGCGUAACCGUGAUAGAGAUGAUGAAGACAGUGGCAGGCGUAACCGUGAUCGAAAUGAUGAAGACAGUGGCAGGCGUAACCGUGAUCGAAAUGAUGAAGACAGUGGUAGGCGUAACCGUGAUCGAAAUGAUGAAGACAGUGGCAGGCGUCAUCGCGAUAGAGCCGAUGAGAGGGAGACACGAGAUAGGCGGGAAAGAGACAUGGCUGAAGCAGACAGGAGCCGAGGAAACAUGUACGAGGAGAGGAAUGGUGGAGAACGUGGGAGAUGCUGGACCAGAGAAGAGGAUCGCGAAGGGCGAAGCCAUCAUAAUUCAGAUCGCCGGCGUCCUCAGGAAAGCUCACGCUGGGAGUUGAAACAUCCAGGAGACGCCAAGGAAGCGACUAAGGAGCGGCUUGGCAGCAAGAGACCCUCAGAGCGAGAGAGAGAAGAAACGGCUACUGAAGAGCGAGCAAAUGGGGGUUCGCGUUGA